AUGUCAUCUCAAAAGGGACUUGAUAUACUUGUCAUUGGUAAUGGUGGGAGAGAACAUGCGAUAGUGUGGAAAUUAUCGCAGUCACCUCUUGUUCAACAUAUAUACGUUGCCCCAGGUAAUGGAGGAACAGCCAUUAACUCGAAAGUUACCAACAUCCCUGAGUUAUCAGGAUCCCCUAAACAUUUCAGCGAGUUGCAAAAGUUUGCUGUGGAGAAUGGAAUUGGUUUAGUGAUUCCAGGCCCUGAGCAGCCUCUUGUUGAUGGAAUUACUUCUGUCUUUACAAAAGUGGGUAUUCCAGUAUUCGGUCCAUCAUCCAAGGCCGCUUUAUUAGAGGGAUCCAAAGCUUUCUCAAAGUUAUUCAUGGAGAAGCAUGAUAUUCCAACAGCAAAGUUCAAGAACUUUACAUCUGUAGAGGAUGCAAGGAAGCAUAUUGAAUCAAUAGACUAUAAGAUCGUGUUGAAAGCUGAUGGAAUCGCUGGUGGUAAAGGCGUUCUAAUCCCAGAAACAAAAGAAGAAGCACUUGCUGGAUUAAAUGAGAUAAUGGUUGAUAAAAGCUUUGGUGACGCGGGUAAUGAAAUUGUGAUCGAAGAGUAUUUGGAAGGAGACGAAUUGUCAAUUUUAACAAUUAGUGACGGUUACCUGUACUUCAAUCUACCAGCUGCUCAAGAUCACAAAAGAAUAGGUGAUGGAGAUAAGGGCUUGAAUACGGGAGGGAUGGGUGCUUAUGCACCUGCUCCUAUCGCUACCCCUGAUGUCUUAAAUAAAAUCAAUCGUCAAGUAAUCGAGCCAACAAUCCUGGCUAUGAGAAAAGAUGGAUUUCCAAUGGUUGGUGUUCUUUUUACAGGAAUUAUGUUGAGUUCAGCUAAGGAGCCGAAGGUGUUAGAGUAUAAUGUGAGAUUUGGUGAUCCGGAGACUCAAACGGUCUUGCCAUUAUUGACCGAAGAUACUGACUUAGCUGAAGUUAUGUUAGCAGCCGCAGAGCACAGACUUGACUCCGUAAAAAUUGAAACCAGAGCCAACAUGUUCUCAACAACUGUCGUUAUGGCAGCCGAUGGAUAUCCAGAGACUUAUGCUAAAGGGAAUGUUAUUACCAUCAAAGAGCCCUUGCCUCAAGAUACUUACAUAUUUCAUGCUGGAACCGUCGAAAAGAAUGGCGAAAUACUAACUGCUGGUGGAAGAGUCAUUGCUGCAACGGCAGUCGCAAAUAGCUUAAAGCAAUCAGUUGAGAGAGCUUAUGUCGGGGUUGAUCAUGUAUCUUUCACAGGCAAAUAUAACCGUAAGGAUAUUGCUCACAGGGCAUUUAGAGAGGCAAGUAAAUUAAAAAAAGGUGUGACGUAUGCUGAUGCUGGAGUCUCAGUAGACAAUGGAAAUUUAUUAGUCGAUCAAAUCAAAUCAAAAGUUAAAUCAACUGCGAGAUUAGGUGCAGACUCCGAUAUUGGUGGUUUUGGUGGACUCUUUGAUUUGAAGAAGGCAGGGUACAAUACCGAUGACACACUCUUAGUGGCAGCUACGGACGGUGUUGGUACUAAACUAAGGAUUGCUCAAAUGAUGAAUAUACACAACACCGUAGGUAUCGAUCUAGUAGCAAUGAAUGUUAAUGAUUUAGUUGUCCAGGGAGCAGAACCUUUGAUGUUUUUGGACUAUUUUGCGACUGGAAAGUUGGAUAUAAAUGUUGCAGCCAAUUUCGUUGAUGGAGUGGCAGAUGGAUGCAUCCAAGCAGGUUGUGCCUUGGUUGGUGGAGAGACAUCUGAAAUGCCUGGAAUGUAUGAUGUUGGUCAUUACGACACUAAUGGAACGGCAGUGGGUGCAGUGUUGAAGAAUGAAAUAUUACCGAAAACUAAUUUGAUAUCAGAUGGCGAUAUUCUUGUGGGUUUGAAAUCAGAUGGACUUCAUUCUAAUGGAUUUUCUCUUGUUCGCCAUAUUAUAGAAUCUUCUGAGUAUGAAUACAACUCUAAAGCUCCAUGGGCAAGUAAUGGUGAAACAAUCGGUGAGGAAGUAUUAAUUCCCACAAGAAUUUACGUUAAGCAAUUAUUGAAACCAAUUAGGAAGAAUCUUAUUUUAGGUUUGGCUCACAUCACAGGUGGUGGUCUUGUUGAGAAUGUUCCAAGAGCUCUUCCCUCUCAUCUCCAAGCGAAGAUUGACGGAAGUACGUGGACCGUUCCUGAAAUAUUCAAGUGGUUUGGUAAAGAAGGAAAUGUUCCGAUAAGUGAUUUAUUGAAAACGUUUAACUUGGGUAUAGGAAUGGUAAUUAUAGUGAAACCUGAAGCGGUCAAAGAGCUCUUGCAAGUACUUCGGAACGAGAAAGAGGAUCCCGUGGUAAUAGGUCAAUUAGUAAAGAGAGAUGCAGGCUCCCCUCAAUGUGUGGUUGAAAACUUAGAUAAUUUGUACUAG